UUGAAGCUUUCCUCUGUUUCGCGGUGCCGUUUGUUAAGAUCCGAGCUUACAGUGCCUCGAGGGUCUUUUGCUUUUUCUGGGAUCCCUGGUUGCCCUACUGACGCUCAGGUCACUAACUCCCCUCCCAGCGCCCCCGCUCGUCACCACGCCCCGCGCGCCGGUCCCAGGAGUGGUGACCUGAGAGGCCUGCGGCUUGGCCGCUCUCUUCCUCGCUGUUCGGCCUGGGGUGCUUCCUGCCCAAGUCGUUGGGCUUUGGUGACCGACAACGAUUUCCUUGCGUUGGCUGGACACACACGGGCCGCCUUCUCCGUUACUCCCCCUCCACCUCAGGCUGCUUGGUCCCCAGCCAGGGUCGCACGCACGCCAGUGACUCACCCUCUCGGAAGGGGGUGGGAUUUACUCGACCAUCUCCCCACUGCGCUCCCUCCCUACCCCUGUCCCAGCAGCGGCUGGGCAGAGGGCCAGUCUGCAGUGUCUAGGCUGAGUGUAUGGGGACCACCAGCUCGGCGUGGGUCAGGGCGCUAGGGUUUACAGCCCACCGACUCGGACUUGAGUCCCUGACAUGUGAAUUUGGGUGAAACCUAACUCGCCCUCUGUCCUCAAUUGCUUCCUGUAAACUGCCAAUAACACCUAUUCCAAGAGUUGUGAAGGUUACACUAGAGGCUGUAAGCGUUAGGGCAGCGCCAGGCACAAGGUAAAUGCUUAAUAAAAGGCAGCUGCUAUUAUUAAUUACAACUCCAGCCUGGAGAUCCUGACCUGGUGCUGACCCCGCGCUCACAGGUUGGGGAAUCUUCAGGGUCAAAGAGGAAAAGUCCCGCUCACGCGGUAGAGGGAGAUUGGUGCGCCCCCCUCUGCCCCCAGCCGCUCUCUGGACCCCUGAUCCAGUCCCUCUGCAGCCCCGAGGCCCGCUCCAGACCCUCGGCCUUCCCACUACGGCCCGCCGGAGGCCAGGUUGUGCUUUCGGGCCGGCGGGGACUGGAGCAGGGCCCGGUCACUCCCCUGAGCUCGAGUGCUGGGAACCGCCCCGCGCCCCCUCCAACCCCCCUCCUUGCGGGGCGGGCCGGCCCUGGGGCGCCUUAAAAACCGGAGCUGGUGCUCGGGUCGCCGCCGCUUUGAGCAGGAUCCAACGUCGCUACGGUUAUCCUGAAGCACCUCGCAGACCCCAACAGCCAUGGCCAGCAAAGGCUUGCAGGACCUGACGCAGCAAGUGCAGGGGGCGGCCCAGGAAGCGGUGACGGCGGCUGGAGCAGCAACUCAGCAAGUGGUGGAUGAGACCACAGAGACAGGGCAGAAAGCCAUGGACCAGGUUGCCAAGUCUACCCAGGAAACCAUCGACAAGACUGCUAACCAGGCCUCUGAGGCUUUCUCGGGUUUGGGGAAAAUACUCCGCCUCCUGAAAUGACAGAAGGGAGACAUGGGUGACUCCCUUCCAGGCCCGGAGCUCUAGCAGGCUCUUGGCGGGCCACCUCAUUAAAGCACAUAUGCCUA